AUGAAUAUCUCCGAAAUUCACCGUGGGGCGCUCAGGAUGUAUGGUGGGUUUAUCUUCAAACAGUGGAAAAGGCGGUUCCUGCGGCUGACGGCUGAAGGCAGCCUCUUUGUGUACCAUGAUGCGUUAUCUCCCCCGGAUCAGAUGGUGCUGUUGCAAAGCAGUUGUGAGAGAAUUGUGGAAGGCAAGGAGAUCCUGGACCUGCCAAAGUUACCGUCUGGUGCAUGCAGAGAUAGCUGCUUUGCUCUGAUCCUCACCCAGAAUAAAUUCUUAUUGCUCCUGGCUGAAACCUCAGCAGACUGCAGGUCAGGUGGAGUUGACAGAUUCCAGUGGGUCAAUAUGCUGAAAAAGGUCAAAAAGAGUCUCUCAUCACCGCUCAACCAGUGUAAGCGACAUCAUGUGCCAGUCCCACAUAUUACUCUUCAAGACCUGGAGCCUGAGCAAAUUCUGGGAAAAGAUUCCUUUACUCCACCUGUUAGUGACACAGAGUCGUCGUCCUCCCUGAUACCCACAACUCCUGCUUACCAGAGGGAGAAAGGCCGGAAUUCUCCACGUAUAAAAAAUAGCAGAGGAGGAGCACAGUCAGUAGGCUGCCUGCGUCACGGUAAUAUCGGUAAUGCCCAAGCAAUGAAGGCAGUUUAUCUGCUGAUGGGAGGGGCAGCUGCUUCCUCUGCCAUGGGUUACCUGGGAGCAUGCUCAUCCUCUAAUCUGGAAGUCAAAGCUGACCUGCCACUCAACGUGGAUUUCCCUGGGACAAAUGCGGCGGAAGCCUACCACCUCGGAAGCUCUGCUCUUGGCAAUCCACACUUCAACAGCUUUGACUUCGAAGUGGCAGACUCUGAUUUUGAUGCUUUUGAUUGUGGUGGAUUUACUUUCUAA